AUGGCACCCGGCGCGACGGCCGGCCGGCGGGGGCGGGGGCGCGGCCUCGCCGCGGCGCUGGCGCUCGCCGCCGCCUGCCGGCUGCUGGAGGGCCCGCUGGCCUUCCUGGCGGCGGGGGGCGGCGCGCGGCGCGAGCGGGCGCGGGGCGCGCUGGCGGCGGGGCCCCGCGGGCCCAGCGGCCGCCCCUGGCGCACGGCCCUCGGCGCCCGCCCGGACAUGGCCCUGGAGGUCGGGUGCAAGGUGAAGGCGAUGUCCCCCGACGACGAGCGGUGGUACCCCGGCAGGGUGACGGGGGAGGCCGCGGGCGGCUGGGUGGUGGCGUGGGACGACCCGGACGGCGGCCCGGAGACCAACACCCUCGCCGAGGAGUACAUCAAGAAGGUCAUCAUCUUCAAGGGCUACCAGGUCGGCGACGACUGCAGGGCCAUCUCCCCCGACGACGGCCGCUUUUACCCCGGCACGGUGGCGGAGCUGCUGGGGGAGGAGAAGUUCCGCGUGAAGUGGGACGACCCCGACGGAGGCGCCGAGACCGCGGAAGUCCACGCCGAGAGCAUGAGGAAGGUCGUCGUCAAGCGGGACUACAAGGAGGGAGACGCGGUUCUCGGCAGGUUCCCGGAGGACGGCAUGAUGUACCCAGGCACAGUGCUGAAGAAGAACGAGGACGGCACGUUCGCGGUCAAGUGGGAGGACCCCGACGGCGGCCCAGAGCAGUCCGACGUGAGCCCGAAGGACAUGAGGAUCCCUCCCAUCCCGUUCGAUUCGCUUGAGGUAGGCCAGGAGUUCCAGGGAACCGUGCGCUCCGUGCGGGACUUCGGCGCCUUCGUGGACAUCGGGGCCGAGGUCGACGGGCUGCUGCACAUCGGCUCCAUCUCCACGGACAAGAUUGAGGACAUUUACUCGGUGCUCGAGGAUGACCAGGAGGUCAAGGUCUGGAUCAGCGGCCUGCGCGACGACGGGAAAUUCGGCCUGACCAUGAUCGAGGGCCGGACGGACAGCGCGGGGGGCCGGCGCCGCGUCGAGAGCGACUUCACCCCUUUCUCCGGCGCGUCCCCGGACGAGUGGUUCGAGGGCGAGGUCACCAACACGGCGUCCUUCGGUGCGUUCAUUGUGGUGACGGCGGAGGAUGGGACCCAGGCAUUGGGCCUGUGCCACGUGUCCCAGAUAGCCGACGCGUUCGUGGAUAACAUCAACGACCACGUCUCGGUGGGCCAGAAGGUGAAGGUGCGCGUGAUCAGCGUGGACAUGGACGCGAACAAGAUGAGCCUGAGCAUGAAGGAGAGCGGCGGCGGUGCCCCGGUCUCGCGGGAGCCCGCUGACCUGAGCGCCUUCGAGUCGGUCAGCCCAGACGAGUGGCUCACAGGCAAGGUGGCCAGGUGCGCCUCCUUUGGGGCCUUCGUGGAGGUGACGGCGCCAGACGGCGCCACGGCGGACGGCCUGGUGCACAUCACGCAGAUCAAGGACGGCUUCGUGGAGAACGUGGCGGAUGAGCUCGAGCCCGGCCAGGAGGUGAAGGUGCGCGUGGUCAGCGUCGACGUCGGCGCGGGCAAGAUGACCCUGUCGAUGAUCGAGGAGGGGGCGGGCUUCGGCGGCGGCGGUUUCAGGGUGCCCCCUGACCUGAGCGCCUUCGAGUCGGUCAGCUCAGACGAGUGGCUCACAGGCAAGGUGGCAAGGUGCGCCUCCUUUGGGGCCUUCGUGGAGGUGACGGCGCCAGACGGCGCCACGGCGGACGGCCUGGUGCACAUCACGCAGAUCAAGGACGGCUUCGUGGAGAACGUGGCGGAUGAGCUCGAGCCCGGCCAGGAGGUGAAGGUGCGCGUGGUCAGCGUCGACGUCGGCGCGGGCAAGAUGACCCUGUCGAUGAUCGAGGAGGGGGCGGGCUUCGGCGGCGGCGGUGGCGGGGCGCCCGCUGACCUGAGCGCCUUCGAGUCGGUCAGCCCAGACGAGUGGCUCACAGGCAAGGUGGCCAGGUGCGCCUCCUUUGGGGCCUUCGUGGAGGUGACGGCGCCAGACGGCGCCACGGCGGACGGCCUGGUGCACAUCACGCAGAUCAAGGACGGCUUCGUGGAGAACGUGGAGGACGAGCUCGAGGUCGGUCAGGAGGUGCAGGUCCGCGUGAUCAGCGUCGACGUCGGCGCGGGCAAGAUGAGCCUCUCGAUGAAGCCGGAGGGCCUCGACGAGGAGUGAGGCAGUGCCGGUCAGGACUCGUCCUGCUGCUGGAAGAAAAGGGCCAUACGCAGCUCUGACGCCGUUUUUCCCUCCUCGGCUUUCCUGUGGCCGCCCCGGGGAGUGCGUCGUUGCAGCGCGGCGGGGGGCACGGCGCGCCUUGGCCCCCAGGGCCUCCAUGAGUCCGCGCUCGUAGCCAGACCUGUGGCGGGAGGAGGGUGAAGAGGAGGAG